AUUUACCUAAUAAGAAUUAACGGGGGUGCUCAUUCAACCUUGAAGGCCCAGGAACAGUCUUGUUUAAAGGCUGGCCAAGGAGGUGGGGGACAGAACCAGUGGGACCCAAAGAAUCCAGUGUGCUGGAACUUGAUGCCAAUGUCAGCCUCAAUGCUCUCACCCUGACAGCAGAAGUGGCGGCUUCUCCCUCCACCUGUGCCCGGACAGUGCCACCAGUCUAACUUCUGCCACCGUCCCUACCUGCAGCUCACCUGAGCCCAGAACCGUGCCCCCUGCACCCUCCCGACACACUCAGCAGUGUCAAGUAGUAUUGCUUUAAUUGCAACAAGCUGAGCUAAUGUGGGAAGAAUGCAGUAGAGUGGCACAGAAGAGUGCUAACCCGAAACUCUAAGCCUGUUCCCUGGAAUCUUCCAUCUGGAUGGAGGAGAGAAAGUUGACCUGGAGUGAGGUUCAACAUAAGGACAAGAUCUGCACCCGGACAAGCUCUCUCUCGGAGAGCACAGGCGGCCUGAGGAGUCAAAACAGGUGGCCUGUGGAGUCAGCACAGGCAGCCUGGAGGAGGUGAGGAACUGAAGUUUGGACAGAUUGAGUCACUUUCUCAGGGACACAUGGCUGGCCGGUGAUGGAGAAGGAGCAGAGGCAUCGCUGGGCUGGAGGUGGGAAGGAUGGACCUGGGAGCAGCGCAGGGGCUGGUGUGGCAAGAGGCCGGCGGAGCUGUGAGGCCGAGUUCGGGGGGAAGGGGAGGGCUCCUGAGAGCCCGUGGCCAGGCUCAAGGUGGCUGUGUCCUCACUGGCUCUAGUCCUGCAGGCCUGGCUCUCCAGAGGAGCCUGCCAGCUCCUCUUCUGCCCCCUCACAGGCCUGAAGGAGACCCUCCAGAUGGGGAUCCAGGCCUCUUUCCUCCAGGCCAGCCUCAGACCCCAUGGGGGACGGUUCUGGGAACGUCCUCUGUGCCAGGUGUCUGGGGACUGCUAGCCUUCUGGGGGGGCUGGAUCCUCAAAUCGUGAGCCCCAAGCAGUCCCUUUCCAAGGGAUUGGAGUGAGAACCUUGUGGGGCAGAGCCAGAUCUACCUAGGACCCAAGGGGAGUGUCUCAGGCAGGACCCCCACAGGCACAGACACACACACUGGCACACACUUGCCUUCGGAUGUGUGCCAAGCAGCUCAAAAGGAUUUAAAGUCCAGCCAGGCGGGGUGGCUCACACCUGUAAUCCCAGCACUUUGGGAGGCUGAGGCGGGCAGAUCACUUGAGGUCAUGAGUUCGAGACCAGCCUGGCCAACAUGGCAAAACCCCAUCUCUACUACAAAUACAAAAAAAAUUAGCCGAGCGUGGUGGCAGGUGCCUGUAAUCCCACCUGAUUGGGAGGCUGAGGCAGGAUAAUCGCUUGAACCCAGGAGGCAGAGGCUGCAGUGAGCCGAGACCAUGCUACUGCACUCCAGCCUGGGUGGCACAGCGAGACUCCGUAUCAAAACAAAGAAAAAGAUUUAAAGUCCUUGGGAGAGGUGGAGUCCACACCUCUCUUCAAGAUGUGGCAUGAAGUGGAGAACAGCUGAGCACACAGGGCAGGAGGGCCCCGGGGGACCUUGGGCAGCCCGGGAACCAGCAUGGGGUAGCAGGACUGACCGGCUCCCGGGGCACCUUGGUAAUGCUGCAGGUGUGGCCAGUUGAUCCCCUGUGGAGACAGUAAAGAUUAAGAGGAUCAUAAACUGCGUCCAGCGGCUGCCCCGGGAGAAAUCUCCUCAAGCCAGAGCCUGUGCUGUGAGGGGCUUCGGGACCUUGGGGCAGCUCCUGAGUUCAGACAGAGUUCAGGCAGGGAGACAGGGGCACAGAGAGACAGAGGUUCAUGGACUGAGGCAAAGGCUGGGCCCGGCUCAGCAACCCAGGCCUCCCGCAGGCAGGCAGAGGCUGCCCUGUAACCCACGCAGACCAGACCAACAGCUCUGAUGAGCUCCACAGUGGCUGCAGCUGCGCCUGCAGCUGGGGCUGCCUCCAGGAAGGAGUCUCCAGGCAGAUGGGGCCUGGGGGAGGAUCCCACAGGCGUGAGCCCCUCGCUCCAGUGCCGCGUGUGCGGAGACAGCAGCAGUGGGAAGCACUAUGGCAUCUAUGCCUGCAACGGCUGCAGCGGCUUCUUCAAGAGGAGCGUACGGCGGAGGCUCAUCUACAGGUGCCAGGUGGGGGCAGGGAUGUGCCCCGUGGACAAGGCCCACCGCAACCAGUGCCAGGCCUGCCGGCUGAAGAAGUGCCUGCAGGCGGGGAUGAACCAGGACGCCGUGCAGAACGAGCGCCAGCCGCGAAGCACAGCCCAGGUCCGCCUGGACAGCAUGGAGUCCAACACUGAGCCCCGGCCGGAGUCCCUGGUGGCUCCCCCGGCCCCGGCAGGGCCCAGCCCACGGGGCCCCACAGCCAUGUCUGCAGCCAGAGCCCUGGGCCACCACUUCAUGGCCAGCCUUAUAACAGCUGAAACCUGUGCUAAGCUGGAGCCAGAGGAUGCUGAUGAGAAUAUUGAUGUCACCAGCAAUGACCCUGAGUUCCCCUCCUCUCCAUACUCCUCUUCCUCCCCCUGCGGCCUGGACAGCAUCCAUGAGACCUCGGCUCGCCUACUCUUCAUGGCCGUCAAGUGGGCCAAGAACCUGCCUGUGUUCUCCAGCCUGCCCUUCCGGGAUCAGGUGAUCCUGCUGGAAGAGGCGUGGAGUGAACUCUUUCUCCUCGGGGCCAUCCAGUGGUCUCUGCCUCUGGACAGCUGUCCUCUGCUGGCACCGCCCGAGGCCUCUGCUGCCGGUGGUGCCCAGGGCCGGCUCACGCUGGCCAGCAUGGAGACGCGUGUCCUGCGGGAAACUAUCUCUCGGUUCCGGGCGUUGGCGGUGGACCCCACGGAGUUCGCCUGCAUGAAGGCCUUGGUCCUCUUCAAGCCAGAGACGCGGGGCCUGAAGGAUCCUGAGCACGUAGAGGCCUUGCAGGACCAGUCCCAAGUGAUGCUGAGCCAGCACAGCAAGGCCCACCACCCCAGCCAGCCCGUGAGGUUUGGGAAAUUGCUCCUGCUCCUCCCGUCUUUGAGGUUUAUCACUGCGGAACGCAUCGAGCUCCUCUUUUUCCGCAAGACCAUAGGGAAUACUCCAAUGGAGAAGCUCCUUUGUGAUAUGUUCAAAAACUAGUGGGGGUGGAGGUGAAAUGUUUCCAAGCACUCUGGAAAACAAUCUACUGAAACGAAACAUUUGCCUGCUCUUUGCCCCAGCAAUUCCUCUUAGGUGUGUGUACCCAGCAGAAAUGCCUACCGAAAGAUAUUGUAAAAAUAUUCAUAGCAGCUUUAUUCAUAAUAGCCCCAAACUGUAUAUUGAUGGUAGGAUGAAUUAACAAAUUGUGGUAUAUUCAUAUAAUGAAAAAUAAUUUAAAAAGAAUGAAUUACGGAUACAUGUGGCAACACAGGUAAACUUCACAGACAUAAAAGUUGAAUGAAAGAAGCCAGGCAGAAGUUCCAUUUAUGCAGAGUUCAGGAACAGGCAAGACUAAUUGACAAUAAUAGAAGUUGGAAUAGUGGUUACUUCUGGGUGGUGGUGGAUUGAUACAGAGGGGGCUCAUGGGAGCCCUCUGGUGUACCAGAAAUGUUGAUUUUGAUCUGGGCAGUGGUUUCACAAAUGUAUUCAUACGUAAUAAUUCAUUGAGCUGUGCACUUUAUUUUGUUAGACCUCAAUAAAAAAGUAAAAAAAAAAAAAA